CGCUAAAGACAAUUCAGGGGAUCAUUUUGCACGGAAUGCCGGUUUCCCCUAUAGGGGGAAAUCUUGAAGGGGGUGCAAAUGUAUUUUUACGCAGCCCUUUAAUUCACUCAUCACAAAGUGUAUCGAUGAAUGAAGUUAGAGCAUCCUCUAGUUUUCACCCAGCAAACGGUUCUGCAGCGAGAAGUUUUUCCUCUGGAUUGCCGCUGAUAAGGACUUUGCGAGAAGAAUUGGGUGAUUCCACCUCGAAUAGGGAAACACUCCAUUCGCUAAUGAAUAGUAGUAUAGAAUCCUUACACCGGACUAUGGAAACCCUUCACACGAAAACACUGCAAAUGAGGGAGCACAUGGCUGCAUCAACAGAAGCUAUUCAGAAAGUAAAACAACAAAUGCCUAGCUUUGGUGCCAUUCAGCUCCACCGACAGUGCGUGAAGCAGUGGAAUGCUCUAAGGGUGUUUGAGGAAGUAGUUGUCGGCUCAUUGUGUUCAUGUAAUGAAACACUAAGCGUUGGGAAAGGGAUCCGUACUUUUGCGCAGGCUGAAAUGGCUACACUAAGCAAGAUUGGUUCGGUCGUUCACUUUGAAUGGUGUAGAUUUAAAAGGGCGCUCCCUUUAGAUGAUAGCUACUAUGAUUAUGUUGAUUUUUUGUGCUCAUUUGGACCACGUAAAUCAAAAUAUGUAAAUAUGACUUGUCAAGAAGAAGAGACGGGAUGGCGACAAGUAAUGCAAUUUUCAUUGUUUCAUGAAGUUGUCGGGAAUAUUAUCAGGCUGAAGAAAAGUGAAACUAAAAACCUUUCCUGGAACACUAUUGUGGAAUAUUUGGAGACAAAAUAG